AUGAUUUACUCUAUUUGGAAUGUCAGGGGCCUGAAUGACCCUGGCAAAGUUGCCUCUGUAAAGAGGUUGCUUCAUUCUCAUUCAGUUGAUGUUGUUAGUUUACUUGAAACAAAAAUCAAAUUGAAAAAUGUUCUCACUUAUCAGAGGAAUUUUGGCUCUUCUUGGCUUUGGUUGUGUAAUUAUGACCAUUCUCCCAAAGGGAGGAUUUGGCUUGGUUGGAUUGCAGAUAUAGUAACUGUUAAUGUCUUGAAGGUUCAUGAACAGUUCAUUCAUUGUAGUGUUUCUUCUAAGGACCUUUCUACUCAAAUUCAUCUUACUGUUGUUUAUGGGCUUCACUCCAUUCAUGAUAGGCUUCCUUUGUGGGAAGGUCUUAGAAGCAUCUCUAUUCAUCAUUCUCCUUGGCUUUGUGCUGGUGACUAUAACUCUGUCCUUCAUACUUCAUAUAGGCUUCAUGGUACUGAUGUUACUGAUUAUGAGACUAGAGAUUUUCAGAGUCUGGUUGAUGAUUUGGACCUCACUGAGAUUAAGAGAAAAGGAGCCUUCUACUCUUGGUCAAAUAAGGCUCACACUGGUCCUAGAACUCUUUCUAGGAUUGAUAGAGUCUUUGGUAACCAAGCUUGGCUGGCCUCUCAUGGGCAUGUUGGGACUGUCUAUCUCCCCCCUCUUUAUCUGAUCAUAGUCCAGUUCUGUUGGAUGUAUGUUCUGCCCCUGUUGGGAGAGAAGCUUAAUUCUGUGAAGUCUAGUAUUAAGUCUCUUAAUAGCAAGCAGUUUGGACACAUCGAGGAAAAGAUUGAACAAGCUAAUAUUGAGCUUUCUGGAAUUCAGAACUUAAUGGCUCAGAAUCCUGAUGAUUUGGAUCUUUAUGCUAAAGAAUCUGAUGCUAUUAAGGUUGUCAAACACUGGAAUGAUAUUCAGGAAAGCAUCUUCAAACAAAAAUCAAGGAUCAAUUGGAUUAAGCUUGGAAAUGGAAAUUCUCAUUAUUUCUUCUCUGUGUUGCUCAAGGAUCCGGAUGCUAUUUCUCAUGAAAUUAUCUCCUUCUAUAAGUCUCUUUUAGGGACUCAGGCUCCUUGGCUCCCUAUUGUUGACCUUGUCACUAUGAGGAGGGGUAAGCAGCUUAGCUUUGCUGCUCAGAGCUAUCUCAUUAGGUCUAUUUCUCAUGAUGAAAUUGAUGCUGCCCUUAAGGGAAUUGAUAACACUAAAGCUCCUGGUAUUGAUGGCUUUAACUCCCUUUUCUUUAAGAGAGUUUGGCAUAUUGUGAAAGAUGAUAUUUAUGUUAGUGUUAUUGAAUUUUUCACUAAAGGGACCUUGCCUAAGCAAUGGAAUUGUAUAACUAUCACUCUGGUUCCUAAAAUCCCUAAUGCUUCUCAUGUUAAGGAUUUUAGACCUAUAGCUUGUUGUACUGUGGUUUAUAAGCUCAUUUCUAAAAUCAUAACUGCUAGACUUUCUGCUAUCAUUGGUGAGGUGAUUCAUGAUGCUCAGGAGCUUGGUUUCCCUCAGAAAUUUGUUAGCUGGAUCUGGACUUCUCUUACUUCUGUCUCCUAUUCUAUUCUUAUUAAUGGUUUUCCUGCUCCUCCCUUUGAAGCUAAGAAAGGCCUAAGGAAAGGUGGCCCUAUGUCUCCCUUUCUUUUUGCUAUUGAUAUGGAAUACCUCUCCAGAUGCCUUGAUGAGAUUAGGUUAACUCCUAAUUUCAACUUUCAUCCUAGAUGUGAAAAGUUAAACCUAACUCACAUGAUGUUUGCUGAUGAUCUUAUGAUGUUCUCUAGAGCUGAUAGUGUUUAUACAGAGCUGAGGGAGCUUCUUGGUGUUUCUCAAGGUACUAUCCCUUUUAGGUAUCUUGGGGUCCCUUUCUCUUCUAAGAAGCUUACUAUUGCUCAGUGUAGGCCUUUGGUGGAGAAGACAUAUUGGGCUCAAAUUUUCAUCUUACCAAAGAAAAUUUUGAAAGAGGUCGAGGCUAGAUUCAGAUGCUUUCUUUGGACUGGUUCCUCUGCCCCUGCUAAAAAAUCUUUGGUGGCUUGGAAUAAUGUCUGUCUCCCUAAAGUUUGUGGUGGCUGGAACUUGCUGUCUCUUCCUGAAUGGAAUAAAGCAGCUGUCACUAAGUUACUUUGGGAUAUUGCUCACAAGGCUGAUAAUCUUUGGGUUAAGUGGGUCCAUGUCUAUUACUUCAAGCAUAGAGAUUGUUGGACCACCCCUACCCCUGCUAAAUGCUCUUGGUUCUUGAAGAAGAUUCUGAGCUGUAGAGAUGUUGUGAAUGAUCAAGGGGGAUGGGAUGGUUUCAUGCAGGGCAACAAAGUGAAAAUCAAGAAGCUUUAUGCUGCUAUUAGACCUCAAGUCCCUAAGAGGAAUGCAGUCUUGUUUACUGGGUGCUGCAAAUCUGUUGAUGUCUUUGUUAGGGAUAUUGUCUUUCAUUCAGUCUUUUUGGUUUUGUUCUUGCUGGUUUUCCUUUUGAUGCUCUUUAAGGUUAUUGAGUGCUUUGUUGUUGCUGCUGGCUGCUGCUGCUUUUCUGCUGUUGUUGCCCUGCUGCUUUGCUGCCUUGCUGCUUUGCUGCUGUUGGUGCACUGUUGUGCUGCUGCUGUUCAGUUGUUGUUGCUGUCCUGUGCUGCUGCUCCUCAACUGUUGUUGCUUCUGUUAAGCUGUUGUGAUAGUCAGCAGCUGUUGUUUGCGGUUGCUGUUCUGGUUCUGCUAGAGCUGCUGUUUUGGUUUAGGUUGCUGCUGUUUUGGCAGGUGGUGCAGUUUAUUUGCUGCUGCUGGUCUGGUGUUUUGGCUAGGGUGGCAGCUAGCUCUGCUCUUCUGCUAGUUCUGUUCUUGUUGCUGUUUGCUGGCUCUGGAUGGCAGCUGGUCUGGUGUUUGCUAGGUACUGCUGUUUUGGGUGUGGAAGAGUUUGCUGCUAGUGUUGUUGUCUGA